AUGUCUCCCAAAAGAGACAUGAAGAUCCCUAUCCGACGCCGGUCGAAGGCGUCUGGCAGAGUCCUACCCAGGUCAGUGACAAAGGGUAUAUCUCUCUCCCGGCCGUUGGCGAGGACCGUGACCACUCUACAGCACAAGCACAUCGCUUCCAUUGCUUCCAUUGCGACUCCGCCGAGCCCACGCUACUUGCGACUAUUAGCUCAAUCCAACAAACCACAACAAAAUGCAACAAACGAUCGAGCCCAUCACCGCACGAUUCCAAACAGCGAACAACGUAUCAUCCCAGCCGAACAUGGCUCCAUCAGCGAUCUACACCUCCCUUUUUUGGGAGAAAGUAGCACAUUAGAAGAGGUGAAAGAAGUACACGAAAUGAUUGUAGGGUACUGCGAAAGAUGGUCGGACCAUACCAUUUUCCGCGCACCAGCAAGCUUCUUCGACGACAUGAAGAUGAUCAGCGAAGCUCUCCAAGUCACGUCGCUGCCGGUAGAGGUUCUGGCACAACCUGAUGUCCGCCAAAGCUGCAACAAAGUCAGAGAAUCCUAUGCAAAAUUCGUGACUGUCUGGAGUCAAGCAACCCAAGCGGCACUGUCGAGGAAGCUUUCCGAGUUGCAGCCUCAUCUUACCCGUCGUCCUGCCGGCAUUCAGGAGUCAGCUUUCACCUCUUUCAUUGCAGACGUCCAGGCUGUCUUGCCAUGUCCUCUGCUCAUGACUGGACGUGUUAGUGGGAUUGAGGAGAUCCCGGUACUUCUAUCCGCCGACAAUGCGAGGAAUCUCAUUCUCCAGUGUGAAGAGGUUCAUGGCCAGUUCCAAGAUGAAACAUACCUUUCUGAGAUGCAAUCGUUAUGGCUCCUCAUCUGGAGAAGCUUGAAGUCUGCUUUCAUGAUCUCCGAGGAGGGACGCUCGAAGGAGCUUGAUAACAGCGGCUCCAUAGAGCUCAACUUCUUCACUAGAGCUGGCGUAACUCCGGAAUUGAGACGCUUGGUCCAAUUGCCUGACGCUACCAAUCCGAGAAGCAUCGAGGACAUGGUCAGCCGAUACUGUCGAUUUAUCGAGAAAUGCCGCACCGAUACUGCUUGUGGGGCUCAUGUCCACUUACGCCAGUUGCGUAAUCAACCUUUGAAAAGUCAUGUGUUAUCUUCUUUAAAGAGAUUCACCGAGACCAGAAGGCUCGAGGCAAACACUCUGGCCAAGUUGCACUUUGCGGUAGUACGACUAAAUGGGCUAAAUGGUGGGCCUACCAUUUUCAGAAGAUGGAGAGAAGGCGAGGCUUUGGGAGACUGGAUCAUAUCGCCAUCUCACCUUUUGUCACCCAUGGGAAGUCAGACCUCGGCCACUUCACCCAGAUCCUGUGGCCAGAUCGAACCGAUGGCGGCAACGGAGGGACUGCGACGUCUGACGAAGAUGACCGAUGAGCCAAUCCAGAGUUCCUUCCCUCAUCCACAAGGCAUAAACAUGCGAUGUCACCACGACUACGUCUACUGCCCGUUUCCAGAGACUCGUGCCCAUGAAGUGGCUCAAAGCGAGCAGAUUAGCAGAGAUCUGGGGAAACCUGGAAUCAUGUCCGAAGGUCUUCGAUCCGAAUAUCUCAUCGAUCGGCCUCCUCCGCAUGCCCGAGAUCCAGCCGAACAUUCGAUCUUCGCUUUAAAGAGAACGAAAUUCGGUCUGUUGGGGUGGCUUGGACUCAUUGCGCAGCAAUUUCUUCCCAGAAGAGGUCGUCGAACGCAUGCAACAUCGAAUUUCAAUCUUGCUCGCCGCAAUCCAGAUGGAGAACAGCAUUCAAGAGAGGCUGCUCGUGUACUUGAUCCAAAUAGCAGGGUCACAAAAACAAGAGCCAAAACCCAAGCGCUGAGAUUACGUGGUGGUGCGGGUGGUGCAGGUCCCGAGACUCCUCCCGCACGGAAGACCCCACCCAAGCAGUUACCAAAUGCGUUCAAAAAGCGCCAUAUGGAGUUGUUUAGGCAGGAACUGAACCGAUAUCAUGUUGAAUUUCAUGAAGCAGACGAGAUCCAAAUAUUGAGCAUUCUGGAAGAGGCGGCGUACGACGUUAUGACUGCAUUGACCCUUUUUCGGCCCCAGUCACAGGCACCGCCAUGGCAGGGACCAGGACCACUGGACGCAAACAAUGUGACGGCGGCCGCCGCGAACAGUGGCAUGAACGAAUACGGUAUUGUCGAUUCAGACGGAGCAGAAGCAUACGGUAGCUGGGGCAGACAUGCCUAUCCCCAAGCAGGACCCGCUCGACGACCGCUCGGUGAGCUUAUGGCAGGCCCUGUUAGCCCUCCUGAAGAUGUUGAUGACGGUCACGAUGACGUUGACAAUGAGAAUCAGGAUCAGGUCGAGCUUGAGGCUCGACAUAGCAGGUGGUCUUCGAAUAUUAUCCAUGAUUCCCCGUCGUCCAACCAGGAGAACCAGAAUUCGGCUGUAAAUGGUGUUCUUGCCGAGAACCGUCUGCAUACGCGUUGCCACCCUUGUCCUUGGUACAAAGGUCAUAUCCACCACAAUUGUCAAUGUGAUCCGAACAAUAUCGCGUGGGACACUGCUCCUUCCGAAGACGACGGUGUGAUCGGUGGUCCAACCCACAAUCAUGGAAACGAAGAAGAUGAGCAAAGUCCAGCUCCAGGCAUCGACCAUGGUGAGAACCAAAAUCCUCAGCGAACACAGAACGAUCAGACAGCUCGUCGACGUGGCCUCCGGAGCUCUCCCACUCAAAGGGUGGUCCAUCCGCAAGAUGGCGUUCUGGUUCGCGACACUUAUGCACCGGGUUGUGAGUUCCACCGCGUCGUUAGGGACAUUGACGUACCAAUGAGAGAACUAGGGACAAUGGUAUUGGGCGAAGCUCCACGACUGCUCAUCAAGCUCGCUGGACCUGAAGUUGAUGCAACUCUUGAGCGGCUCCGGGUGCAGACGGAACUUCUACGAACGGCAUACCUGGCCCAACUGCACCCGGCCACGCCCUCGAUGCUGGACCAAGUCCAUCCCGACGACCGACGACACGGCGAAGAAUCUCCAGCAAAGAGACUAGCUCUUGUCCAACAGACUUGGCAAGAAGUCAAGCGGCAGCACUCUCGACUUGUGGGUGUGCUGAACGAUAAGCUUGACCGCACCAAUCUGAGCCUCCGUCACAAAUUGAACAGAUUCAUCCGACUUAUUGGGGACCUACACUGCCUUGUCAAAGGAUUCACCCAACCACUGUCAGAUAGGGAAGUCUCUUCAGAUAGCCAAGAAUUUCUGUCCGAGGAUGAGCAGCAACGACUAGCGAACUUCAUGCCCCGUGUCCAAACGCACAAUUUGCCUACUCAAAAAGAUUACGAAAGGAUGCUCAAGGACGAAUUGGAACGUGAGAUCACCGUCGAACGGCAAAUCGAGUUCUCUCCAGGUCCGAAACCAAACAAAGCAAUACUAGUACACAAUCUAAUGCUCCUGGACCGCCGGGGCGUCCUUGGCGCCGGCGCCCAACAUCACUACCGCAUCCUGCUUGACAAACCCAAGGCCACGAGACGGCCCCAGCACUUCAACCUGGAGAAAGCGGUGGAAGGUCACAAGAAGCGUCAGGUGGACGGACGAAAGGCGGGCAGAGAUGCUCAGAGGCAUGCGAGGAAGCAACGGCGGAGGGGAAGGGGGUUUUCGCCUACAGGGGGUAUGACUAGACCUCCUGCCGUUCAGGGCUCUUUCACGGAUUCUCAUGAUGACUUGUCGGCUGAUGAAGAAAAGGUUUUGUCGGAGAGUGAAUCGACUGAGUCGGAGAGGUGA